AUGGUUAAGGUUGCUGUUCUUGGUGCAGCUGGUGGUAUCGGUCAGCCAUUGUCACUUUUGUUGAAGAUUAAUCCAAAGAUUUCCGAGUUAUCUCUUUUCGAUGUUGUCAAUGUUCCUGGUGUUGGUGCUGAUUUGAGUCAUAUCAACUCUGACUCUACUACAUCUUCUCAUUUGCCUUCCUCAAGAGAAGACAAGACCGCUUUGGCUUCUGCUUUGAAGGGUGCUGAUUUGGUUGUUAUCCCAGCUGGUGUCCCAAGAAAGCCAGGUAUGACCAGAGAUGACUUGUUUAACAUCAAUGCUGGUAUUGUUAAGAGUUUGGCUGAAGGUAUUGCGGAAAAUGCUCCAAACGCUUUUGUAUUGAUCAUCUCUAAUCCUGUCAAUUCCACUGUUCCAAUUGUUGCUGAAACUUUCAAGAAGGCUGGUAUUUACGAUCCUAAGAAGUUGUUUGGUGUUACCACCUUGGAUAUUGUCAGAGCUAACACUUUUAUUUCUCAAUUAUACCCUAAGGAAACCAAACCAUCUGAUUUCAACAUUGCUGUUGUUGGUGGUCACUCUGGUGAAACCAUUGUUCCAUUAUACUCUCUUGGAAACUCUGGAUCUUACCUUGAAAAAUUGUCUGAAGAAGACAAGAAGAAGUUGAUAAACAGAGUUCAAUUUGGUGGUGACGAAGUUGUUCAAGCUAAGAAUGGGGCUGGUUCUGCUACAUUGUCUAUGGCUUAUGCUGGUUACAGAUUGGCUGAAUCUAUCUUGAAGGCUGUUGACGGUUCUUCAGGAAUUACUGAAUGUGCUUUUGUUGAUUUAGACAACACUGCUAUCAAAGGUGCCAAGGAAGCCAAAGAAUUGGUUGGUUUAGGAUUCUUCUCCUUACCUGUAGUUUUAGGACCUGGAGGUGCUGAAGAAGUUAAGUACGAUGUUUUGGAAAAGGCAUCAGCUGAAGAAAAGAAGUUGUUGGAAGUUGCCAAGGAGCAAUUGGCUAAGAACAUUGAAAAGGGCGUUGCAUUCAGUAAGCAAUAA